AUGUCAUCGGUGCCUAACGGCAAAAAACUGGUCCGUAGCCCAAGCGGACUUCGGAUGGUACCAGAGAAUGGAGCUUUCAGUAGUCCCUUUUCUUUAGAUGAACCGCAAUGGGUUCCUGAUAAGGAGUGCUCUAGGUGCAUGCAGUGUGACACUAAAUUUGACUUCAUCACCAGAAAGCACCACUGCCGGCGCUGUGGCCGUUGUUUCUGUGAUAAAUGCUGUAGUAAGAAGGUGGCCUUGCCCCGGAUGUGCUUUGUGGAUCCAGUGAGGCAGUGUGGGGAAUGUGGUCUCAUCUCUCAGAAAGAGCUUGACUUCUAUGACAAACAGCUCAAAGUACUCAUGGCUGGGGGGACAUUUGUGGUGACUGUAGGUGAUUCAGAGAAGUCAGAGACCAUGGUUUGCCGUCUGUCCAACAACCACCGGUACAUCUUCCUGGAUGGAGACAGACACUUUGAGGUGGAGCUCUCUCGGAUCUCCAGCAUGCAGGUGCUGACGGAGGGUUCGUCCUCUGCAGGGGGGUCCACUCGGGUCAGUGGGAUGGUCCUGCAGUACAAACCCACUGGCAGUCAGGAAACUCAGGAGCUCCGUCUGGAGCCCGCCAGUGACAGGAAGAGUGCCUCUACCUGGCUGGUCGCCAUGCACAAGGCAGCUAAACUGCUUUACGAAUCCAGGGACCAGUGACACGACAGAGGGAGCCAAAAUGAAGGAUGGAAGAGGAGUGAGCAAGAGAGAGAGAGAAACACAAAAACCGAAGAAUCGAGAAAUGAAGUGCACAAAAGCGGAGUGUUCUAUGUUAUCCAGUCUCACCUGUACUCUGAGAUGUUCUCUUGCCUCUCACAUACACUUUAUCUAAACCUUCUGCUUUCUGCUCUCUGCUCAGACGAGCAGACCGGCUGACUGCCUGUCCUGCAGGGACAUCCAGGUUAUUCACUGAUUUUAGUGCAAUAUGAAUAUGUAAAUAGAUACCGACCCUGUUUAAUAAAUGCUUUAAUUGUAGUCUCACGUAUUACAGGUUUUGUAUGAAACUAUUUUGUCAGAUAUUCAUAUUUUAACACAAGGGGCUGUGUUUCUAUCUACUUUUUAUUCGCUAAGUAUUUACAAUGUUUUUUGUAGCACUUGUAUUUGUUAUUCCUUUUUUCAGUUAUUUUUGUCCCACACAACAGGAUGACCUAAACUUUUUUUUUUUUACUGUGGGAUGGGAGUGGAAAGACUCACGCUGUCUUUUCCUUUUUUUUUUUACCCCAUGGUCCCUCAUUAGCCUUCCCCUCACAUUGCAGCUGUCUAAACCUCAGUGACUGACAACACACUGACAGACACUUUCCUUUUUACAUGCGCACACACACACACACACACACAUUCCUUUACACACAGACAUGUUCCUUUACAGCUUUUCCAAUUACGAACAGUGUAAAAUUGUCAUGUGACAUAAUGUGGGGAGGUUGCCCUUCCCACAAUGACAGGUGGAACCACACAGGUGCCUGAGCGGCAUAGCCCACCAAUUGGAUUUGGGAGUGGGGUGACCUGUUCUUUGGCGGCAUGUGAAGCGUUAGGCACCUCUGUGCUGUGCGACAGUGCCUUAACCUUGUGCACUGCUCAGGGACCGCCUUUCUCACACUAAGAAAUUUGACAAAAAACCAACAAAGAAAGAAAAAAGUCUGAAUAUUCUCUGGUCUUGAGUCCUGAGUUGUUGGGUUUUUUUAUUUAAUUAGGGCAAGAAUGAAGUCUCUGAGUCUUCUGAGCCCUGACACCAAAAAUGAUCCAGUUCAACAGUCAACAGUCAUAUGUGUGUUUUCCUAAAAAAGAAAAAGUUUCAAUAAUUUGGGUAUGAAGACUGAUUAAAUUUUUCCCUUACCUAGCUCGAUUAAUGACUAAUGCUAAAAGACAUGUUGAAAUAAUGUGCUAAAUAAUGAAACAAAACAUCACAAAAUGUUGUGCGUGGCACCACUGU